GGGCGGCUCCGGGCUUGCCGCGCCGCUACCCAGCGCCCAGCAGCCGGGCUCGUCGCGCAGCUCGCCGCUUAUCUGCGCUGUUUGGACAGCGCCGGUUGCAAAGGCAGGCGUCCCCGUCUCCCCGCCGAGUCAACAGGCAGACCCCGGGCCGCCGGACUAUUUCUGUCUUAUCAGUGCAGGAAUGCGGCAGCCGCGGCAGCCGCGGCGGCGACGGCGGCGGCGGCGGGCGGGCGGCGGCGGCGUGGGCCGUGGGCCGUCAGGGCAGCCCUGAAGGGGCCCCCUCCCCACUCCGCUCGAGUAGAAGUGUGAGAGAGCCCAGCAGGACUCAGAGGGGAGAGUUGGAGGAAAAAAAAGGCAGAAAAGGGAAAGAAAGAGGAAGAGAGAGAGAGAGUGAGAGAAGCCGCUGAGCCCACCCCGAUGGCCGCGGACGAAGUUGCCGGAGGGGCGCGCAAAGCCACGAAAAGCAAACUUUUUGAGUUUCUGGUCCAUGGGGUGCGUCCCGGGAUGCCGUCUGGAGCCAGGAUGCCCCACCAGGGGGCGCCCAUGGGUCCCCCGGGCUCACCGUACAUGGGCAGCCCCGCCGUGCGACCCGGCCUGGCCCCCGCGGGCAUGGAGCCCGCCCGCAAGCGAGCAGCGCCCCCGCCCGGGCAGAGCCAGGCCCAGAGCCAAGGCCAGCCGGUGCCCACCGCCCCCGCGCGGAGUCGCAGUGCCAAGAGGAGGAAGAUGGCUGACAAAAUCCUCCCUCAAAGGAUCCGGGAGUUGGUCCCGGAGUCCCAGGCUUACAUGGACCUGCUAGCGUUUGAGAGGAAACUGGAUCAGACCAUCAUGCGGAAGCGGGUGGAUAUCCAGGAGGCUCUGAAGCGGCCCAUGAAGCAAAAGCGGAAGCUGCGUCUCUACAUCUCCAACACUUUCAACCCCGCCAAGCCUGAUGCAGAAGACUCCGAUGGCAGUAUCGCCUCCUGGGAGCUGCGGGUAGAGGGGAAGCUCCUGGAUGAUCCCAGCAAACAGAAGCGGAAGUUCUCUUCCUUCUUCAAGAGUUUGGUCAUUGAGUUGGACAAGGACCUUUAUGGCCCAGACAACCACCUUGUUGAGUGGCAUCGGACACCUACAACCCAGGAGACAGAUGGGUUCCAGGUGAAGAGGCCAGGGGACCUGAGUGUGCGCUGCACACUGCUCCUCAUGCUGGACUACCAGCCUCCCCAGUUCAAACUGGACCCUCGCCUGGCCCGGCUGCUGGGGCUGCACACACAGAGUCGCUCGGCCAUUGUCCAGGCCCUGUGGCAGUACGUGAAGACAAACAGGCUGCAGGACUCCCAUGACAAGGAGUACAUCAAUGGGGACAAGUAUUUCCAGCAGAUUUUUGAUUGUCCCCGACUGAAGUUUUCUGAGAUUCCCCAGCGCCUCACAGCCCUGCUGCUGCCCCCUGACCCGAUUGUCAUCAAUCAUGUCAUCAGUGUGGACCCAUCAGACCAGAAGAAGACGGCAUGCUACGACAUUGACGUGGAGGUGGAAGAGCCACUGAAGGGACAGAUGAGCAGCUUCCUCCUGUCCACGGCCAACCAGCAGGAGAUCAGCGCCCUGGACAGUAAGAUCCAUGAGACGAUCGAGUCCAUAAACCAGCUCAAGAUCCAGAGGGACUUCAUGCUAAGCUUCUCCAGAGACCCCAAAGGCUACGUCCAGGACCUGUUGCGCUCCCAGAGCCGGGACCUCAAGGUGAUGACUGACGUUGCUGGGAACCCCGAGGAGGAGCGCCGGGCCGAGUUCUACCACCAGCCCUGGUCCCAGGAAGCUGUCAGCCGCUACUUUUACUGCAAGAUCCAGCAGCGCAGGCAGGAGCUGGAGCAGUCGCUGGUUGUGCGCAAUACCUAGGAGCCCACAGGAAGCACCACUGCAGAGCUGCCGGCCACCCGCUCCCCUGCCGCCUGCCCCUGGGCGCCGGGAGUCACUCCUCAGCCACCUCGUGGGGGGAUGGGGGUGGGAGGGACUGGAUUAAAUGUCAUUCACCUGACA